GAUGAUAGUUAAUAUCGAUUCAUGCAACCACGUUAAUUUUUCGAAUUUUUUGUUAAUCAAGUUUAUUAGAAUUAACUGUCAGUUGUUUUGAGAAAUAAUUUGGAUUCAUUUAAACUCAGAUCAAUCAGUCUCUUUUAGUUGUGUUCAAUUUCAUCAUUGGUGGACUCUGUUCUUAAUUAAAGGUCAUCUUUUCGGGUUGAGCACACUCUGUCAUUUCUUUAUACUCGACAUUUCAAUCUCACUGCUAUAAAGUAUCAUCAAGUUAUCUCACCCAACACCUUCGUCUUAGCAAUCGUGAUUACCACCUCUGAAGUUUUAGCCCAAUUUGAUCAACAUGUCUUCUAAUCGUGCAUUUAGCCACUUGAUUUCAAUUCGAUGGGAUUGUUGCAAUGGAGUGACUCCUGAUGCAAUUAUAAGCCAACUGAAAGAUUUGCUCAAAAAUAAAUUUGCUACAAACCUAUCCUAUGAAGCUCCUCUUGGUGAUGGCUCAAUCGCAAUUUUGGCUGCAUCUGCAAAUUCAUUGGAUUCAAAUUUGACUGUCAUUAUUCGUAGAUACAAUAAAUCGGAAUUGAUCACACUUAACAUUGAAUAUCCUGUUUCUCGGAAUCAAGCCACUUUAGAUGAACAUAGAUCUAUCAGUCGAAUUAUUGAUGAGCUGAAGAACGAAUUAAAUGAUAGUCUUGGUGGAGGAGUUGAGAAAAUACCAGCUUUAAAACUGGGAAGUGCAGUUCCUAAUUAUUACGCAUCAUCCGAUGAUCGUCUUCUCGAAUACGAUUUUGAGGAAGUUUUAUUUUCCAAAAAAUCUGCUUACCAACAAGUCAAAAUCCUCAAAUCAAAGACUCUAGGUAAUGCCUUAUUCCUUGAUGAUUUGCAAAAUUUGGCCGAGAAGGAUUUGCCUUAUACACAUGGUCUUAUGCACUUUGGUCACUUCGAUUACAAGGACAAAGAUAUUUUAAUUCUUGGCGGAGGUGAUGGCGGUCUUCUUCAUGAAUUGCUCAAGGAAAAACCUAAACAUGUUACCAUGAUAGAUAUAGACGAAGUUGUAGUUGAAUCUUGCCGGAUUCAUCUUCGAGGUGCUUGUGGAGACACUAUGGACAAAAUGAAAACUGAUACUUAUGAAAUAAUUAUUGGAGAUUGUAUAAAGUAUUUGGAAGAAUAUGGAAGUAAUGGUAAACAGUUUGAUGUAAUUUUCAACGAUUUGACUGAUAUACCUUUGAGUAGUGAUACCGAUCAAGUUGCCGCUAACCUUUGGGCGUUCAUCAAGAAAAUUCUUCUUCUUUCAUUCAAAUGCUUACCCAGUGGUGGUAAAUAUUUCAAUCAUGCUAUCGGAUCAGGUUGCACCUCAGCACUUCAAGCUUAUGAGAAUGUCCUCAAAGAAUUGCCUUAUAAAAUUGAAUUUUCUCAUCAUGAAUCUUUUGUACCAUCUUUUUUGGAAGAGUGGGUAUUUUAUGAUGUUACUAAAGUGGAGUAAAGGACGAUUACCAUCUCAAUUCACAUGUUAAUAACUGAUCCUAUGCAAAAUCGCCUCAACAAUCUAACCUAGAUUAGGAUUCAAAUCACUUUUUGUUUGCAAUAUCAUUGUCAUUUCCUUAGUAAUAGUGAAUCUAGUCAGCAAAAUUGAUUUCAUUCAACCUGGAAUUACAGCUUUUUUGCUAUUCUCUGUUCAUUCCUGUCUUCCAUGCACUAUCCAAUUAGUAUUAUCCAAUGAUUUUAACUUGAAGUAGUUGAAAUAAAUCAACAAUCACAUUCGAAAGCAAUUUUGAUCUCCAGAUCAUCCUGUAUUCAUUUCUGAAAGCAAUUAAAAUAUACAACAAACAGUAAUA